ACCAAUCAGAGUCGAGGACGGGGAUAAUAAAUAAAUAAAUGAUUUAUUUAUUGCCCGCCCAAUUAAGAGGAAUCCAUGCGUUUCCCCUCGCAACUGCGGAGGGGGGCGGAGCCAGAGGCUUGUUGCUUAGUGACGGAAGGCAGCGACACCGCCUCUCGGUUAGGAAAGGCAGUACAGUAGAGGAGAAGAUGGCGGAGGAGAAGGAACUCCAAGCCCCGCCCAAUUAGAACCCUUGAGGAGGAAGCGGCCAAUCAGAGUCGAGAAGGGCGGAGCCUCGUUGUUUAGAGACACUGCUCGGAGUUAGGAACGGCAGUUGAAGAGAAGAUGGCGGAGGAGGAGGGUCUCCAGGCUCCUGCGGGCCUUGAGCCGGGGGAGGCCGAGACUGAGGCCGCUCCUGAGCUCCAGGAGGAGGAAGGGAAGGAAGAAAUGAAGGAAGAAGGGAAGGAGAAAGCGGAGGAGGAGAAGGAGGAGGGCCCUGCAAAGGCCUCCGCCGCUUCGCUCCACUCCGAGGCUCCGGAGGCCGAGUCAGUGUCCGCCUUCUCCUCCUCGGAGGUUGAGGGAGAAGCGCAGGCAGAGGAGGCCGAAGAGAAGCCGGAGGAGUCACCCCCACCGGCGGCAGCCCCCGGAGAGCCUCCGGAUGGCGAGGAGGCGGAGGAGGCAAAGCCCCAGGAAGAGGAGGCGGAGAAGAAGGAGGCGGCGGAGGCGGAGGCAGCGUCCACCGAAGCCGAGGAGGAGGAGGAAGAGGCAACGGAGCCGAGGGCGGCGUCCCCUGCGCCCCCGUCCUCCCGGGGGACGCCGCCCUUGCCGACGUCGUCGUCCUUCUCGGCGGGGGAGCUGCUGGAGCCGCCUCUGCUGGCGGUGGGCGAGGAGCUGGGCCGCCGCAUCAGCAUCAGCCUGCGGGAGCUGGAGCAGCGCUGCCUGAGCGGGGGGUCGCUGCGGCUGGGCUCCAGCCCGGAGAGCCAGGGCUCGGAGGCGGCGGGCUUCGAGAGCGAGGAGCAGCGCAUGGAGCGCCUGGCCCAGGAGCGCCGCCUCCGGGAGGAGCUGACCGAGGAGUGCCGGAGGCUGCAGGCCGAGCGCCGCCGCCGCCUACUCCUCGACGCCAAGAUCCAGGGGAAGCUGGCCGAGCUGCUGGGCAAAGGCGGCGGCGUCGGCGGCAAGGAGGCGGCCCCCGCCCGGGCGGAGCUGGAGCAGCACAUCUCCGACCGCGAGCAGCGCUUCAGCCGCUACCUGUCGCUGCUGGAGGAGCUGCGCAGCCAGCAGGCCGCCGAGGGCUCCUGGUACCGGCAGCAGCUGGACGCCCUGCAGGGCGCCUGCCGCGAGAGGCUGGCCAAGGUGGAGGCCCAGUGGAAGGCCCACCAGGCCCUCAAGAAGGAGGUGGCCGUCUUCACCAUGGGCAGGAGGCUCGGGGGAAGGCAGGCCGCCGUCCGGGAGGUCGAGCAGAUCCAGGCCAGGGAGCAGGGCAAGGAGAGGGAGAUGACCGAGGUUCGUCUAGAGUAUAUAAAGUUGAAACACAGAAUCCAAAAACUUGAAGCUAACCUAAAAGCCCAGGAGGAGCUGGCAGAAGGCCUGCACUUAAUAGACUUUGAGCAGUUGAAGAUUGAGAACCAGACCUACAAUGAGAAGAUUGAAGAGCGCAAUGAGGAGCUUCUGAAGCUCCGCAGAAGGAUUACUAACACGGUACAAAUCAUAUCUCCAGUGAAAGAAAAGCUGCAGUUUGUGGAAGCAGAAAAUCAAGGCCAAAAGGCCCAGCUAAUGGCAGCUGAAGGUUUAGUGGCUCAAAAGAGAGAGAUCCUAACGAAGACUAAACAGGCUCGAGAUAAGAUGCGAAUGGACAAUGAGAGGCUUCAGCAGAAGUGUGGCUUACUUGGGCAUACACUGUUGUUGAGAGACUAUGAAAACAAAGUGGACGCUGCUGAGGCACGGAAGGAGCGGCUGGAUAUGCUGAAACGUCGUCAUGCUGGACUCGCCCUAACAUGCAAAAGAAUGAAGAUUUCGUUUCACUGUCAAAAAAUGCAAGAGUUGGAGGGCGGGGGUUAGGGGUGCAGUGAGCUGUUAAGUAAACCUGUGCUUGUUCUACAUAGUUUAUGUUCAGAAGACAAUGUGCCUUAACCUAAAAUCAGCCUUAUCCAGUUGGUUUACAGCUGUCAAUUGUUUCAAAAAAC